AUGCAUUCUGACAACAAGCUACCAACUGUUGAGCUUAUCGAUCCGAUAAUUUCAGCAGAGAUACCAGACAAAAUCGAAGAUCCUGAAUUAUAUUCACUUGGAUCUUCUAUAAAGUAUUUGUUUAAAUACAUAAAUAAGGGUCCUGAUAGAGCUACAGUUGCUGUUGUACCAACCAACAAUGAAUGUGAAAAUAAUGAUGCGGUCAAUGAAAUAGCCGAAUAUUACGAUUGUAGAUAUUUAUCAGCAUGUGAAGCAUCAUGGCGAAUUUUUACAUAUGAUGUUCAUUGCAGAUAUCCUUCUGUUGUCAGACUGCCUUUUCAUCUUCCUAAUCAACAACAUAUUGUAUAUGGUGAAGACGAUGAUAUUGAUGAUGUUCUUGACAAACCUUCUGUUGCGGCUUCAAAGUUCACAGCUUGGAUGGAAUGUAAUGCAAUCGACAGUGAAGCACGAAAACUCACAUAUGUUGAAUUCCCUACAAAGUUUGUUUGGAUAUUAAAUGGUCGGUUUUGGAAGCGAAGGAAAGUAGGAAAAGCCAUCGGUAGAAUUCAUUCUGUUUCACCUAAACUAGGUGAGGCAUAUUUCUUAAGGAUUCUUUUAAAUAAAGUAAAAGGACCAACAUCAUUUGAUGAUAUUCGCACGGUAAAUGGUCAAACACAUUCUUCUUUUAGAGAUGCUUGUUAUGCACUCGGGCUAUUAGAUGAUGACAAGGAAUACAUUGAUGCAAUUAAAGAAGCAAGUCAUUCUGGAUCUGGUUUUUAUCUACGCUUUUUAUUUGCUACAUUGUUGAUGUGUAAUAGUAUGUCAAAACCAGAGGUCGUUUGGGAAAAUACAUGGGAAUAUUUGGCAGAUGGAAUUCUAUAUAGACAACGACAAAGAUUUAAGUCUGCAGAAUUGUCACUCGGAGUAGAUGAACUUAAGAACUUAACUUUGUUCGAAAUACAACAAAUUUUACUUCGAAACAACUCUACACUCAAAAACUUCAAAAACAUGCCAUACCCAGAUGUUGAAUCCGUUUCUUCUUCAAACAAUCGGCUUAUCACCGAGGAGCUAGAUUACGACGUUCCCGUGAUAAAGAAUGACUAUGAUCGUAUGUUUCUUGCAUUAACAGAUGAGCAACGUAAUAUUUUCCUAAACAUCAUGAGUGCUAUUCAAGAAAAUAAAGGAGGUGUCUUCUUUGUUUACGGUUAUGGUGGAACAGGUAAAACUUUUUUAUGGAAAACAAUAUCUGCAACAAUUAGAUCUGAAGGAAAUAUUGUAUUAAAUGUUGCUUCAAGCGGUAUUGCUUCCUUAUUAUUGUCUGGUGGUAGAACAGCACACUCUCGAUUUAUAAUUCCAUUUGAGCUUACAGAGGAUUCUUUUUGUAACAUAAAUCCAGACGGUGAGUUGGCAAGCUUAAUAAGAAAAACCUCUUUAAUAAUUUGGGAUGAAGCACCUAUGGUCCAUAAGCAUGCAUUUGAAGCUUUAGAUCGAACUUUUAAGGAUUUACUAAGGUGCGUAAAUUCAACAAUCUCAAAUAUUCCAUUUGGAGGGAAAGUUAUUGUCUUUGGAGGAGAUUUUAGACAGAUUCUACCUGUUGUUCCGGGUGGCAGUAGACAGAACAUUGUAAAUGCUUCUUUGAGUUCUUCGUAUUUAUGGGAACAUUGCAAAGUCCAUAGAUUAACAAAAAACAUGAGGCUAACUGUUGGAAGGGAUCAAUCAGAUAUAGGAAAAAUAAGAGAUUUUGCAAAUUGGUUGUUGGAUAUAGGAGAAGGAAAACUUGGUGGUCCGAACGACGGUGAAACGAUUAUCGAUAUUCCGGAUGAUAUUCUCAUUAACGAUUCACAUGAUCCUAUAGGUUCUCUAAUUGAGUUUGUAUAUCCUUCAAUUUUAGAGAACUAUAGUGAUAUAAAUUAUUUCCAAGAAAGAGCGAUACUUGCUCCGAAAAAUGAAGUUGUCCAGGAAAUAAACGACCGUUUGCUUAAGAAGUUUCCAGGAGAUGAAGUUGAAUAUUUCAGUUCAGACAGCAUAUGUGAAUCCGAAUUUCUCCAUGAUCAAUUUGAUGCAAAUCUAUACUCUCCUGAUGUAUUAAAUGGUCUCAAAGUAUCCGGUUUACCAAAUCACAGGUUAGUUUUAAAAAUUGGUGUUCCAGUAAUGUUACUGAGAAAUAUUGAUCAGAAAAACGGCUUAUGCAAUGGCACAAGACUACAGGUGUUAUCAUUGGGCAAACGUGUUAUUGAGGCACGUAUAAUAACUGGAACUAAUAUUGGAAAUCGGACUUUAAUUCCAAGAAUGUCUUUAACUCGAUCAGAAAAAAAGAUUCCCUUCAAAUUCAUAAGAAGACAGUUUCCAUUGGCCGUAUGUUUUGCAAUGACUAUUAAUAAAAGUCAAGGAUAA